AUGGGGACGUUUACCUUGCGCGCGACGACGACGUUUCUCUCCAUCGGUUUCUCGUCGUCUCGCGGUCGAAGAAGAAAAGGAGGAGAAAGAGGAGGAAAAGGCGCUGCUCGGAAUUCCAUUCGGAGCGAGAGGCACACCAACGCCGUCGGCAUCGUUGGAAACGACGGAAACGGAAACAACAACUCGAAGAACGAACCGUUCACGAACGACCCGAAACGUAAGGCCACGGACGCGCUUCUCCUCUCGUUACUCGCGGGGUACUCGUUGCAACUCUUAACGCGACAAAAAGCGACCGCGGCGUUCGCGAAAGUCAACGAAAACGUCUCGAACGGGCAGUAUUACAGACUCCUCACGUCUGCGUUUUUACACGGCGGGUUGGUCCACCUCUUCGUCAAUAUGUACAGCGUAAACGCCAUCGGAAGCGCGGUGGAACGGAUAUUCGGCAAAACGCACACGUACGCCGCGUUCACUCUGAGCGCACUGAGCGGAAACAUCGCGAGCUAUAAGAUGAGCAAAUAUCCAGCCGUCGGAGCGAGCGGGGCGAUCUUUGGCUUAGCCGGAGCGUUCGCCGUGUAUUUGUACAGACACAAAGACGUGUUAGGGAGCGGCGCGGAGGAACAGUUGAACGCGUUAGGGACGAGCUUAAUGAUUAACGCGGUGUAUGGCGCGACGAGCGCGAGAGUCGAUAACUGGGCACAUUUCGGCGGGUUAGUUGGAGGGUGCACAUACCUUUGGGAGGUUGAAGAAUAG